AUGAAUCCCAAGGAAAAUGCAAGUGCUGUAACUACAAGAAGUGGGAGAAUUCUAGUUGAGCCACAACUUAAGCAGCAGGACAAAGAAGAAAAGCCCGAUGAAGCCAAGGACGAUGCAAUUUGUGAGAAGUCACCAGAAUCCACCGAGCCUAGCUCUUCUAAGGUAAGUGGAAAACCUAAGGUUUCAAUUCCUCAAUCACUGAUUGCACCACCUUUUCCUUCUAGGUUGGCUCAGAACAAGAGAAUUGAAGAAGAGAAGGAUAUUCUAGAAAUCUUCAAGAAGGUAGAAAUAAACUUACCCUUGCUUGAUGCAAUUAAGCAAGUUCCCAGGUACGCAAAGUUUUUAAAAGAGUUAUGCUCUAAGAAAAUAAAGUUUGGGAAUGAUGCGAGAAUUCGAGUAAGUGAGAAUGUUUCUGCUGUUCUUCAAAGAAAAUUACCCCAAAAGUGUCGAGAUCCUGGUAUGUUCACCAUUCCAUGCAUUAUAGGUAAUAAGACUGUUGAGAGAGCCAUGCUAGAUUUAGGAGCAUCCAUAAAUGUCAUGCCUUAUUCUGUGUAUAAGGAUUUGCAAUUAGGACCUUUGAAAGACACUCGUGUUAUCAUUCAGUUAGCUGAUAGGUCUACUGCAUAUCCCGAAGGUGUUGUUGAGGAUGUCCUUGUCAAGGUCAAUGAUUUGAUUUUUCCUGUGGAUUUUUAUAUUGUUGAUAUGGAUGAUUCUGCCUCUGCUAAGCAAUCCUUGAUUCUUUUAGGGAGACCAUUCAUGAAAACUGCUAAAGCAAAAAUUGAUGUGGAUAGUGGAAUGCUUAGCCUUGAAUUUGAUGGAGAUGUUGUCACAUUUAAUAUUUUUGAGGCUAUGAAGCAUGUUGAGGAUCCUGAAUCUGUGUUCAUGAUUGAUGUUAUUGACCAUUUGGUUGAGGAAUUUGUUGAGAAUUUCAGGGAGGAUGAGCUUGAGCAUGUUAUUUUCAGUUCCCUAACUGAAGAGAACUCCAAAACUGAGGAGAAUGAAGCCAUUAGAGAGAUUAUCAUGCAGCUGUACUCAACGGAGGAAAUUCCAGUUCGGCACCUGUCGAGCAGGAUGCCCAUACCAACCAGCACAGAACCGAUUUUGCCCUCUGUUGUGAAGCCAUCUCUUGAGAUACAUCGUCGAGUCGAGGAGUUACGCUCUACUCUUGGACGAGAUGUCACUCCAGAUGAGGUCAGUCAGAUCUAUAGGGAGGUGGUGAUGCCAGAUCCGAAGGGGCGUAGACUCGGUUGGGCAUUAUGA